GCCGCGAGCUUUGGAGGCCGGGAGCGGUGGGACUUGGGCGGGCUGAGAUUUGUGCUGGGAAGGUUGCCGGACUUGGAUCGGAGCAGCACUUAGGAGACGCGGUGCAGUCGAACAGAGCCAUCAUGGGGACGACAGCCCCAGGGCCCAUUCACCUGCUGGAGCUCUGUGACCAGAAGCUCAUAGAGUUUGUCUGCAACGUGGACAAUAAGGACAUGGUGUGGCUGGAGGAGAUCGAGGAGGAGGCCGAGCGCAUGUUCACCAGAGAAUUCAGCAAAGAGCCCGAGCUGAUGCCCAAAACACCUUCUCAGAAGAACCGACGGAAAAAGAGACGGAUUUCUUAUGUUCAGGAUGAAAACAGAGACCCCAUCCGGAGAAGCAGGUUGUCCCGCAGAAAGACGCGCAGCAGCCAUCAGAGCUCCCGGCACCUCCGCAGCAAGGACAAGGUGGAGAGGCUGGCCACGGUGGUGGGGGAGAACGGCUCCGUCCUGCGGCGGGUGACCCGUGCUGCGGCCGCAGCUGCAGCGACCUCUGUGGCAGCCACGCCUUCGCCCACCCCUGAGUCUCCCACGGUGCUGACCAAGAAGCCCAAGGAGAGCCUGGCCCAGUGCCAGCUGGUACCCGUGGUGGAGAUUGGCAUCAGCGAGCGCCGGAGCGCUGAGCAGCACCUCAGCCAGCUCCAGUCUGCCCAGGCUCCACCCCCCAGCCCGGCUCCGGCCACUGCUCUGGCCUCCCAGAUCACCUUGACCUCGGAGGAGGACUCAACACCCAAGAAGCCAGAGGCCGGGAGACUGGAGUCUGUCACCGUGAGCUCCCUGAUAACUACACCCCAGGAGCCCAAGGGUCGCGGGGUCGGAGCAGGAAGGUCCGCCUCCAAGCUCAGAAUUGCCGCGACCUCCCCAGGCCCGCAGGACUCGCCCAGCUCUCCAGCCUCCCCGUGGCGGGAGCGGGUGCUGGCUCCCAUCCUGCCGGAUAACUUCUCCACGCCCACGGGCUCCCGUGUGGACCGCAGGUCGGUGCGGCGCAGCCUGAUCGCCCCGUCCUCCCCGGGUCCCCAGGUCUCGCUGGCCCAGAAUUACUCCCUGGUUUCCAAAGAGGAGAGCACCGUCCGAAGAUCAAGCAGAAGGAUUGCCAGGAAGGCCACCAAAGAGCCGGCCGCCUCCGCCCGCAUCAUCUGCCACAGUUACCUGGAGAGGCUCCUGAAUGUCGAGGUGCCCCAGAAAGUGAGCCCCAAGGCAGAGGAGCCCAGCAAGGAAGCUGAGCCAGAGGAGGCGGCCGAGCCAGAGGUCCCCAAGAACAAUGGCAGUGCCUUGCGGCUCCGCAGUGCCACCAAGAUCGCCAUUAGCACGCCCGGCUCGCAGCCUGCAGCCGGUGGCCAGGGAACGCCCUCUGCAGGGCGACAGGAGGCCAAGACUGACCAAGCAGAUGGCCCCAAGGAGCCGCCUCAGAGUGUCAGGAGGAAGCGCAGCUACAAGCAGGCCGUGAGUGAGCUGGACGAGGAGCAGCAGCUGGAGGGUGAGGAGCUGCAGCCCCCCAGGAGCAAGACCCCUUCCCCGCCCUGUGCCGCCAGCAAGGUGGUGCGGCCCCUCCGGACCUUCCUGCACACCGUGCAGAGGAACCAGACGCUCAUGACCCCGACCUCGACCCCUCACAGCAGCAGCAUGAAAUCCUUCAUGAAGCGCAACACUCCCCUGCGCGUGGACCCCAAGGAGAAGGAGCGACAGCGCCUGGAGAACCUGCGGCGGAAGGAGGAGGCCGAGCAGCUCCGCCGGCAGAAGGUGGAGGAGGACAAGCGGCGACGGCUGGAGGAGGUGAAGCUGAAGCGUGAGGAGCGCCUCCGCAAGGUGCUGCAGGCCCGGGAACGGGUGGAGCAGAUGAAGGAGGAGAAGAAGAAGCAGAUCGAGCAGAAGUUUGCUCAGAUCGACGAGAAGACGGAGAAGGCCAAGGAGGAGCGGCUGGCGGAGGAGAAGGCCAAGAAGAAGGCAGCGGCCAAGAAGAUGGAGGAGGUGGAGGCGCGCAGGAGGCAGGAGGAGGAGGCGCGGAGGCUCAGGUGGCUGCAGCAGGAGGAGGAGGAGAGGCGCCACCAGGAGCUGCUGCAGAAGAGGAAGGAGGAGGAGCAGGAGCGGCUGCGGAAGGCGGCCGAGGCCAAGCGGCUGGCGGAGCAGCGCGAACAGGAGCGGCUCCAGGCCGAGAGGGAGCUGCAGGAGAGGGAGAAGGCCCUGCGGCUACAGAAGGAGCGGCUGCAGAGGGAGCUGGAGGAGAAGAAGAAGAAGGAAGAACAGCAGCGCCUGGCUGAGCAGCGGCUGCAGGAGGAGCAGGAGAAGAAAGCCAAGGAGGCCGCGGCAGCCGGCAAAAGCCUGAACGUGACCGUGGACGUGCAGUCCCCAGCUUGCACCUCGUAUCAAAUGACUCCACAAGGACACAGGGCCCCCCCCAAGAUCAACCCGGAUAACUACGGGAUGGAUCUGAACAGUGAUGACUCCACCGAUGACGAGGCCCAUCCCCGGAAGCCCAUCCCCAACUGGGCCAGAGGCACCCAGCUUAGCCAGGCCAUCAUCCACCAGUACUACCACCCCCCGAACCUUCUGGAGCUCUUCGGAACCAUUCUCCCACUGGACUUGGAGGACAUCUUCAAGAAGAGCAAGCCCCGCUACCAUAAGCGCACCAGCUCUGCCGUGUGGAACUCGCCGCCCCUGCAGGGCACCAGGGUCCCUGGCAGCCUGGCCUACAGCCUGAAGAAGCACUAAGCCAGGCCCUCGGGCCUGCUCAGCCGUCUCAGCCUUCAUCUGUGUCUGUAUGUCUGUGUCUCUGUUGGUCUGGUGCCAUCCUGCCUGGUAUGCUGUCGCUGAGGGUUCGGUCAAGUGUAUAUAAACGUCCUCUGUGGGCUGCAGGUGGAAAGCGGCUCGGGCCUGUUGGGAGGCUGAGCUUGUUGGGUGUUCGGGGAAGACCCAGGCCCAGCCUUGCCUGGUCUGCUGACAGCACUCUGUAAAUAGAUUGUUAGAGUUCAGCUGAAUUUUAGCCUCUAGUGUUUGAGAGCUAGGUUAAUAAAGUCUGUUCCUUCA